GUGUGUGUGAUGACAUAAUCUCAGGAUAAUGACUGCAGUGAUCACUGACUCACCACCAUGACAGACGUGGAUAAAGUUCGUGCCUGUGGGGUUUCCUCAUUUGCGCGACCUCAGAUUAUUUCAUAAAGACAAGGACUGUUGGAUUAAUGACAAAUCAAUGUGCACGUGUCCGUGGAUCGAGCUGUGGAAAGGAAACGUCCUGCUGCUUCUGCCGCUGCACAUAAAUCCUCCAGAAUGACACUGUGGACGUUACUCAUAGUUUUCCCGGUGUGCGCAUCUUCUCCUCUCUUUACCGAAAAAUCUCGAGGUAAAGUGGAGAGCAGCUGCUCCGGCCGAGCCUGCAACCCCCGCAUGGGCAACCUGUCCCAGGGCAGAGUACUGAGCACUCAGUCCACGUGUGGCUCUAACUCCUCGGAGCUGUACUGCUUCCACAGACAGACGGCCGCCCCCCGCAGCAGAGGGACCUGCUCAGCAGUGAAAUGCAGCAAAUGCAGCUCUGCCAUCUCCAGUCAGGCUCACCCUCCUUCUGCCAUGAGCGAUUCCUCUUUCAGAUACCCCGACACCUGGUGGCAGUCUGCAGAGGGGGUGAAGGAGGAGACGCUCCAGCUGGACCUGGAGACUGAAUUCCUCUUCACCCACCUCAUCUUGGUAUUCCGCUCCCCGCGCCCUGCUGCCAUGGUGCUGGAGCGGUCGCAGGAUCAUGGGCACACAUGGAAGACCUUCAGGUACUACGCCAGGGACUGUGAGCAGGUGUUUGGCCUAGCAGAGGCGUCACAGGCCGGGGGGAAGGGGGCAACCUGCACCUCCAAGUAUUCUGGAGCUUUUCCUUGUUCCAGAGGAGAGGUGAUCUAUCGAGCCCUGUCCCUCUGGCAGUCAGUGGAUCCGUAUGGACUGGCUGCACGAGACCAACUCAUGAUCACCAACCUGAGAGUCCGCCUGCUUCAGCGUCAGCUGUGUCCGUGCCAGAGCAAACAUCCCCGCGCUGCUGCUCUUCCCACAGAUCAUUAUGCCAUUUAUGACUUUAUUGUCAAGGGCAGUUGUCUGUGCAAUGGACACGCUGACCACUGUGUAGCAGCCAAGGGUUACCAGCAACAGAACCAACAGAAGACGAGUAACAUGGUCCAUGGCAAGUGUGUCUGCAGACACAACAGCGCCGGUGACCACUGUGAGCACUGUGCACCUCUCUACAAUGACCGGCCGUGGCAGGCUGCCAACGGCCUCAGCGGAACACCACAUGAGUGCCAGAAGUGCAAGUGCAACGGUCACGCCGAGAGCUGCCACUUCAGUCGUGGAUUGUGGCUGGCAACAGGCCGGCGCAGCGGCGGCGUGUGCGACAACUGUCGCCACAACACAGAGGGCCGUCACUGCCAGAGCUGCAAGAAGGGUUUCUUUAGAGACCCCGGUCGUCCAAAAACGGCAUCUGACUCCUGCACACCCUGUUCCUGCCACACUGUGGGCUCUGUCCUCUCAGGUGGCACCGCUCUCUGUCACACUACCAGCGGGCAGUGCACCUGCAAGCCUGGUGUCGGAGGCCCCCGCUGUGACAGCUGCCUGAUGGGAUUCUGGGGGCUGCGUGAAUAUGGCUGCCGACCAUGUGACUGUGCGGGUGACUGUGACCCCUUUACCGGUGACUGCAUAUCGGGCUCAGAUGUGGACCUCUCUGACCACACAAGACACGGCAGCAAUUACAGCGAGACGGCACAGUUAAGGGUAGAGGAGCUUUUCUCUGCACUGCACCACUCUGAGAGAUGUGAGUGUGUAGCGGUAACACUCGGCAGCCCUAAACUCUUCUGCGCCGCAGACUACGACUAUGUGCUGGUGGUGAAGGUGAUGUCAGCCCACGAUAAAGGCUCCCAUGCAGAGGUGGAGGUUAAAGUCAAGAAGGUCUUGUACCAGAACCCUGUGAUGAAGCUCCAGACAGGAAGUGCCACCCUUUACCCAGAGUCCUGGACUACCCAAGGCUGUACAUGUCCCAUCCUCAACCCAGGAUCUGAGUAUGUAGUUGCUGGUCAUGAAGACUGGAAGAGUGGCCGACUGAUGGUCAACACCCAGAGCUUUGUUAAACCAUGGAAAUCGAGCCUGGGACGCAAAAUCUUCCACAUCCUCAGGAAAGAGUGUGGCCGGUGGUAGGUCAUCGCCCAGACCCAGACUCAACUCAGACUAAAUGGGCAAAAAAAGAAACUGCUGAGGAACUAUAUUUGGUGUUGCUUGGACCCAAAAGUGAAAGCAACAAAAACAGGUACUACUAAAGAGUCCAUUCUUUUAUUGGGUGAAGAUGUUGUCACAGCUGAUGAUGUGAAAAGAGUUGUGUUUUGUCAUCCUUGUCUUUUCACACAAACUGCUGAUAAAUCAUGAAUGAAUGAGUCAACAUGAGAAUGUGUGUGUACGUAUAUGUGUAUAGGAGUGGGGAUGUGUGCAUAUGCUGAGUGUCCCUGACAGUGGGUGUGGGACAGUGCAGGUCCACACAAGUAACUCCUGUGUGAGGAGAGAUGAUGCAAAACUACAACAUUAAAGGACUCUCAGGUGGUUUCUCUGGCACACUCAGCUGAUUGAGUUACAAGAGUGGAUCCUUGUCAGGUUUCCUCAGUCACACUUGAUUCUGUGAGGAUUUUCUCUUGUCCUCAAAAGACCUGCUUCUAUAUGAGGUGGAAUUACAUGAGAGGGGACACUAAUCUGUGUGUGUGUGUGUGUGAGAGAGAGAGGGUGCACACCAUUCCACCACAUGUUUCUCUUCUUGGCCUGUGACUCUUGCCGUCCUGAAAUAAAUACGUAUUAAAA